CCACACAACACAACCCCGUACGCUUAACAGAGUCCUAUGUUAUCGUAUCAACGAAAUUUCAUUAUAUAAAAUUACAAAUCCAACUUUACAAGUCUCCUCCUUCAAUUUCAACCCAAUUAAUAUUCACUCUCCUCUCUCUCUAGCUUCAGAGUCCCUUGCCUUUUAAUUUAUCAGGAUUUUUGUGAUGGAUAUAACAAAUGGACUGGGAGUUCCACAAGAAACACUGGAUGCAGAAAUCAAAUCAUUUUUUGAAUCAGCUCCUCCUCUAAAAAACAGUGAUGAUAUCGGUGAAAAAUUGAAGAAAUUCAUCGAGAGGAAUUCGUUAUCACUAGGAAAUGGAGAAGCUAGGAGAGUUGUGUGUGUGACAUCCGGUGGUACGACCGUUCCUUUGGAGCAACGUUGUGUGCGCUACAUUGACAACUUCAGCUCGGGCCAUAGAGGGGCAACAUCCACGGAGUAUUUUAUAAAGGCCGGAUAUGCAGUUAUCUUUUUAUAUAGGAGGGGAUCCUACCAGCCAUACUGUAGAUCUCUUCCUGAGGAUCCCUUACUUGAAUGUUUUGAAUACACUGAUGAGUCUAGUAUACGAGUGCGCGAGUCACAUUCUGAAGCAGUGAAGAAGGCUAUUUCUGAGCAUCAUGCUGCAGUAGCAGAAGGCUUCUUGUUAAAACUUCCCUUUACAACCAUAUUUGAGUAUCUUCAGAUAUUGCAGAUGGUUGCAACUUCAUUGAGGAGUCUUGGGGCACAUGCAAUGUUUUAUCUUGCAGCUGCAGUUUCUGACUUUUAUGUUCCUUGGAAGAGCAUGGCAGAACACAAAAUACAAUCAGCAUCUGGUCCUCUGGAUAUGCGACUUGUUCAAGUGCCAAAGAUGCUCUCGGUAUUGAGGAAAGAUUGGGCUCCAAUGGCUUUCUGCAUAUCUUUCAAGCUAGAGACUGAUAUAAAAAUACUUUUGGAGAAGGCUGAUAUAUCUCUUAAAAAGUACAAGAUGCAUAUGGUUGUGGCAAAUGAGCUUUUAACUCGCAAAGAUGAGGUUGUAGUUGUUACAAGCAAUGAAAAGAUAUCAGUUCGCCGUGACAAGACUCAAGUUGGUGAUGUUGUGGAGAAUCCCCUGAUUAGAGUUAUUGUGGAGAGACAUUCAACUUAUGUUGAGAAGCCGGAUAUAUGAUAUCUAAGCCUAAAACAUCAUCAAAAGUUGAUAUAGCAGACAUCUACCAAAAAUUGCUUUAUGGUAGCAGGUCCUUAUGAUAAUCAUUUGGAUUAUCUGGUAGGCUGACUUGCCUUUCGGCAAAAAAUAAAAAGAUAUAAAAAGCAAAUUUUGAUUUCAAUCAAAGUGCUUACAGAAUAACUUCAAAGGGGGGAGAUUAUGGCAAACAUUGUAAUCUCUCUAUACUGUGACAAAAAGUGAAUAAAGUUGUUCCAACAUUGUAAUCCCUAUAUACUGUGGCAAAAAGUGAAUAAAGUUGCUCCUUUUAUU